GGGCAGCGCCCCAGGAGGAGGAUGGCCGGGCUCCGCUGCCUGCUCUGCCUGUGGUUCAGCUGGAGCUACGCGAGCGUGGGGCGCGCGGAGAGCCUGCAGCAGCACCCCCAGGGGUCCCACGACGCGCUCCCGGGACUGCUGGCCCGAGGCGCCGGCAGGAGCCCCGCACUAGAGAGACAGCCUCCGGACCAGGUGGCCGAGCAUAUGCUGCUCCUCUAUGACAAGUACCGCGGAGGUGGUCCUCCCAUGGCUGAGGCGCCCCCAAAACCCAGGCAGCCCCGGCACGCACCCCUCCCAGAGGGCAACACGGUCCGCAGCUUCCGAGCUCGAGGGCCAGGGACCCUGGAAAACAAAGAACUACAUAUUUUUAACCUGACUUCCCUAACCAAGUCUGAAAGUAUUUUGUCUGCAACCUUGCAUUUCUCCAUUGGAGAACUAAUAAACAUUAGUUCAACUUGCAUAUCUCCCAGAGGUUGCUCUCAUCAUGGAUACAGGAAACAAAUACAGAUUUCUUUGUCUGCCUGGAGCCUUACACCAGAUGGCGACCAAACUAGGUUCUUGGGCCAUAUUUUGGUAAAUAUAGCUAAGCUUCAUAGAGAUAUGUUGGCCUGGCAAUCCAAAGACAUCACUCAAAUGCUGACCAAAGCAAAAGAAAAUGGUGAGUUUUUCAUAGGUAUCAAGAUCACUUUUGAGGGACGCUCCCUUUCAAAGGGAAUGCCGACCAACGCUGAUCCUUAUAUCUUAGUAUAUGCCAAUGAUUCAUCCAUUUCUGAAUCAGAAAGUGUGGUAUCAAGUCUCCAGGGACAUUGGAAUUUUCCCACUGGUGCUCUAGCUAAGCUGAACAGCCACAUGCGGACUUCUCUGUCCAGAAAGCGGAGGAAGAAGCGAUCCCUCAGCAGCCCCCUGCUCCCCCUGCAGAACAAUGAGCUUCCAGGCACAGAAUAUCAGUACAAGGAGAAUGGAGGCUGGGAGAAGAGGAAGCCUUAUAAGACACUCCAGAUACAGCCAGCUGAGAAGAGCAAAAGUAAGAAGAAGCAGAGAAAGGGCCCACACCAGAAAAGUGAGAUGCUGCAAUUUGAUGAGCAGACCUUGAAGAAGGCCAGGAGGAAACAAUGGAUUGAACCCCGUAAUUGUGCCAGGCGAUACCUCAAAGUGGAUUUUGCAGAUAUUGGUUGGAGUGAAUGGAUUAUCUCCCCAAAGUCCUUUGAUGCAUAUUACUGUUCUGGAGCAUGCCAGUUCCCCAUGCCAAAGUCUCUGAAACCAUCCAAUCAUGCCACCAUCCAGAGCAUAGUGAGAGCUGUGGGGGUCAUCCCGGGGAUCCCGGAGCCUUGCUGUGUGCCAGAAAAGAUGUCUUCUCUCAGUAUCUUAUUCUUCGAUGAAAAUAAGAAUGUGGUGCUGAAAGUGUAUCCUAACAUGACAGUGGAGUCUUGUGCUUGUAGAUAACCUUUUGCAAGGGAUUUUCUGAAUGCUUAAUUCAAUUAAUUGUUUUUAAUGGACUUUUUUUUUUGCACUGCCAAUGCAUUUCAUUCCAAAAGAUUUUUAUAAACAAAGGAGAAAGGAGGGAGAGAGAGAGAGAGAGAGAGAGAGAGAGAGAGAGAGAGAGAGAGAGAGAGAGAGAGAGAGAGAGAGAGAGAAGAAAUGGAAGACUUCUAACUAGAGAACUGGAUCUUAGAUUGCCUCUGAAUGUGACUGAAAGUAAGAAUUUUCCUCUUGUGAAUCUAUAUCUUUAUUGUGAAUUGUAAAACAAAAUUUCUGAUUUUCAGUGUUAGGAGGCAUCACCUUAUUUUUGUAAAGGUAAUUAAAUUGAAAGCAGUUCCUGAAAUGUCAUAGCUUGCCAUUCACUUAUGUCCACUCCUCUGGUGGCCAGAGGCAAUGGAGAGCAGUUCUGAGUGUUGAACUAGGCUUCCUACCUUACAGACAUUUUGGAACAAUUCAAUAAGUGCUUAAUAUUCCAAUUGAGUUUGACUUACCCUAAAAGCCUUUGGGAAUCCAGUUUCUACAUAGGCUACUAUACAAAUAAGUGGCUGGAAUAUGUAUCUGAUUGUGUAUACAUGUGUUCGUAUGUGAGCCCGCGUUCCUGAGCAUGUGAAGGCACGCUUAUUUAACAUGUUGCAUCAACUCAGUUCACACACAAUUGCAUGCUGGUAACUCUUAUCCCAUCACUGGUAAAAGUUUUGCAAAAAGUAAAGGGUAAGUUACUAUUUUGUAGCAAGUCAGUAACCACAUUAUCUAAUUAUGUGAACAUAUAAUUGAGAACAUUUCAUUGCACUCCAGAAAAGGAAACCAACUACUACGUUUAAAAAUCCCAAAUAUAAUUCUGUCCCUCUUUUCUGCUUUAUAACGUUCAUUUAUUCUUUUAAAUUGAAUCUCCAAAUUCCUUUUGGAUCCAUAUCCUUUCAGUGAUCCAUGAGCUCACUCUGGCUCCUAAAGUCACCAUUAGAUGUUAAAGGGAAAAGAAACCUAGAAUCUUGAAGAGGUCUCUGAAUGACAGCUUUAAAGUUUAAUUACAUACACGAGACCAGUCUUUGGCUACUUUCAGAUCUUACUACAUCCUGAGACCAUGAAUGGAAGGCUUUGGAGUCUGACUGCUUUAUUGCAACCUCACCUAGAGAAAUCCCAUAGAUGAAGUAUGUAACAUUCAGAACAACUGCUUUUUACACUGCUAUUUAUCAUGCAUUUCUCUCCACAUACCACCAAUGCUGAAACAUCUUAACAUGCUUUUAUUCAGGCUAAAUGCUGCAUGAGGAGGCAUCUUGCUACCUGCACUGCCACUGCACACUCCCAGUCAAGAUCAAUGACCUUUUCACUUGGACCUUCAAAGAUCAUUCCUCUCCAUUCAGCCACUCGGCUUAAGCACUCUCUUCUAGGAUGACCUAUCCUGUUUGGUGCUGAGUGAGUGAAAAAAGGGAUUUAGCCAGGCCGAGACUUCACAUCCCAUCCAGGAUAGGACAUGGUUUAUCCUACUCACCAUAGGGAUGUCCUUCAGGGACUGUUGGCUCUCUGACACGCCAUACUCACCCCCCACCCACAUACUUCUUACCUCAAUGAAAAUGAGCUCUGGCUAACAGCUCCCCUUGCAGUCCUGUAACUGACUAAGAAAAAGUGUCCUUCCUUGGCCACCAUUCCUUUUAGAAUAUAAACUCCUUGAGGGCAGGGACGAUCUCAUUUGUGUGUUUGUGUAAUGGUUUAACCUGAGCCACAGUUCCCUAGCAUGACCCAUGUUGCAGGGAUAUCUUUAGACAGCCAAGUUCUAGAACUCUGUUCCCCACAUCUUCAAGGAGACUGUGAUUUCUGCAUUUGGACACAGAAGGAGGCAGGCCAUGGCUAGGCACUCACUCUUCCAUUCUCCUUGCCUUAGCUGAAAUGGGCAUAUUGGGCUAGAAUUAUGUCUGCCUACUAAACAUUCGACAUUUUCAGUUGAGAGGUAUGAUGCUUUUUAGGGGUUCAGGGCAAAAGCCACUUUCCCUGGUUACUCCAAAGGGGAGGGUAAUAGCGUACUCUGGAACAGCUUAGCUCCCUCUCAUCAAACACUUAGCACACAAAAGAUAAUCACAGAUAUUGAGCAAACAUAUUUAUCCAAGUAAGCCAUAAAAUAGAAAUUGGAAGAGUUACACAGGUUGGGGUAUAAUAUACAAGAGUAAAUGAGCUUUUGAACUCUGAAGCAAGAUAAAAAUCUCAAAUAAAUCAAGGAGAGAAUAAUCUCACUGGAGAGUUACACUUAACAAUCUCUAGGGAUGUGGGAGGAGGUGAGGAGAAAUCAAGGGACAUAUGGGACAGGGAGCUUUCCCCACGUGGCUAUGGCUCCAGGGACUUCCACUGAGCCAUUCAAAUGUUCCUGCCUUGUCUCUUCUUUAGCUUUCUCCAUAGGUUAUUGGGUCAGUGGUCUCUCGGCCAAUCAGAAGUCACCUAUUUGUACCAUCACAGGGGAUGCCCUUUAGGCAACAGUCAGCUUGCCUGGGGCAGAGAAUGUUAAGUUUGUAUCCCUAGCACCUAGCACCUUUCUAGGUUAAGAGCAUUCUUGUCAUUGGCUAGAGAGUUACCCAUCAAUCAGUUUAAAAAAUUGUGCUGCAUAAAAGGUCUAAGAUUACAUCUGUAAAUUAUUCACUCUGGAACUGAGCCCUGAGGAUGGGCUUGAUUGGAAGGAAGGAAACAAGGGUUUAUUAAGUGGCUACCAUGUGCUAGGCACUGGCAUUUACUGACUGGCCAGUGAGUGAGUAGGCACAAAAUUUAUCAUGUAGUCCUUCCAAAGGACCCCAGACCAUGCCUCAUAUGCAUCCACCCACACAUCUUGGCACAUCUUGCCAUCUCUACUCCCCUGCCUGCCUCCACCCCAACACAUUUUCCACCUCUUACUCCAGGAAGAGUAGUCAAAUCUAUUCUACCCACCAUUGCUUCUGUAAAGAGCAAGACAAUGACCUGCCCCAUUGCUCUGUUCACCAUUUCUGUGAGCCCCUAGGAAAAAAAUGCUCCCUUCAGUGACCACAUUCCCUUUUAUUGUUUCCUUCUAUUGGAAUAUAAGACCCUAGACUGUCUCAUUUUUGACUGUGUAGACCCAGUGUCUGGCACAUCACAGGUGCUUGAUAAGUGUUUUUCAUUCAGUUAUGUUGGCCAAUUAGAGAAAAAUAUACCUAUGAGAAGCAGCAAGAUAUGGUGGGGAAAGCACUGGACUAAAAGAAUUUGAGGUCUAGAACCAUCUCAGCCUUUUUAUGAUCCAAGUUGAUCCAUGUACUCAUCUGUUCAGUGAAUUAAAUAAAAGUCUGCUGUGUUCUGGGCACUAAUGUACCUAUUUAACAUGGGCAAAUCAUUUGACCUCUUUUGUCGUUUCUAAAAUGAGGGGGAAUGGGAUAAGCCAAGUAAUCUCAAAAGCUCUUCUAGUUCUUACAGUCUAUGAUUCUGGUUAUUUCAUGUGUACUACAUGAGUUGGGUUAGUUCCAAAUACCCAUAUUUGUAAAACAUAUGCUGAUCUCUCUUGUGCUUUGGAAUGUAGUGAAAGGAAGGUGUGUUCAGAUAGCAUUGUGAAUAACUAGAAACUCCCCACUGAAGGUUACUGUAAAGUGGCUCCUUGGUGUAUAUGAAGGCUGAUACGCUUAUGUGCUGUCCCUAUAUAAAUAUCAGAAGAGUUUAAAGACAGUUCCAGGUAAUAAAUAGAUAAGAGUGCCUAUUUAUUUGUGGAAAAUAUAGUUCAUUUUUCUCUGACAUCAAUUUAAUCUUUCAAGAGAUGAAGAAAGGAAGAGCAAAUUUUAAAGAAACAUCAUUACAAAUUUCAAGGCAAGAGCAAUGGUGCACGCCAGAAAUGUGUUAGUGGCCACUCUAUCAAACUGAAUCCAAGAAAGCAAUAGUAGAGACAAUUGAUAUUAAGUAGGUUUGACCAAAGUGCUUCAGGUUCAGUUAUUAUAGAAAGGGGCUGGUGUAUGUCCCUGGGCUUCUAGCUUGAGAUGGUAAACGCAGAGCAAAUAUUGGAAUCUUUUCAGGUCUGAAGUCUUGUUUGGGAAUCUGGUUAUCUCUAAGCUUUUAUGGGGGUAGACACAUAAAAGGAAUGGUUUUAUGGCUAGAAUAAAUGACUUGCACUUUCUCCUCUUACAAGAAGUCAAAGCCAGUUACCAAACAGCCCCUAAAAUCCAAAUAAAUCCCCAACUAUGUAAAACUAUCUGUCCCAGAUGAUAGAGCAUUUAUUUUAAUCAGCACUUAGCAUGACCAGUUUCCCACAGAGUGAAAGGAAUUUUGACAGUCUUUUGGAAUUUACUGUAAUAGGAUCUGACCAAUGGUAGUUUAUAAACAUCCCCAUCAUUUUUAUCUCUACAAGAUGAAAGGUGUAUGAUAGCUGUGACAGGGCCUUUUGGGAAGGUUGCAAUUCCCAUGGGUGAGCAGGAGACAGAAUGAAGGAAAUGUGUUCUUAAGAACAAUUUCUCCUCCUCACCCCCCCCCCCAAUCCAGCCAAUAUUCAUUUUUAAGUAGGUCAGACGUUUAAACACAAUUAAGGACCAGGGCACACUGCCGCAAUCACAGGUCUUUCCUGAAGAGCUGAGGUAGAGGAGUCUGGUCAGGAGUCUACUGAAAGGGCAAAACCUGGGAGUGUCACAAGGGUGUUUCAUCUCACACACAACAAGGCAUCAGCUGAUGAAUUAGGAUCCUGGACAUUCUUUGGGAUAUUCUCUGCCUCACAGGGUUAGUAUGAGGGAAGUGCUCUGAAAACUUUCAAGUAUGAUCAUGAGGGGAGGAGUUGUGAUUAUUACUGAAGUUACCUCCAUAUCAACCAUACCAUUCUUGUAGUUUCCCAAAGACUUGUGUCUGUCUCACAGGAGUAUAGGGUUCAAAAGGAUUCAGAGACCCAACUAAUCCAAUUCCCUCAUUCUACAGAUGAAGAAACUAAGUGCCAGGGAUACUAAGAUAUAUGCCCAAGAUAAUUCAGGUGGUCAGUAGAAGAGUUAGGAUUUGAACUCAGGUCCUGUGACUGACACCAAGUUCAGCACCCUUUCCAAUGCACAUUUUCCAGCGCUGCCUCCCAGAGAUUAUUGCCAAAGAACCAGGGUCAUCACCUACCACAGGGACUUCUUUUGCUACCAUCUUAAAUCUGGAUCUAAUGUUGUUGAGUAAAAAUGGCUGAGCCACUAUCAUCCUUAGAACCUGCUUUGCUAAAACUUGUAUUAGAAGUGUAGAUGUCACAAGAUCCAGCAUUUUGGAGACUGAACUGGGAUUUUAGAUUCUAAUAGAGACCAUGAUAACCCAAGAAAUUUAUUUCUAGUUAACUAGAUAUAAGUGACAGACAUUUAACCUUAAGCUUUAUUUUUCCUUUAUACUAUUUCUGAAUAAAGGUGUCUAUUGUCAAUCAUGUAUUAAUCUCCUGGGCAAUUGUCAUAUAGAAGACCUAUGUAUCAAUAUAACAUUUUGUGAAUACCCAUAUUAUUCAUUUAUGUAGUCUAUGUGCUUUCAUUUUUCCAUAUUCUGGUGGUUCAUUAAUGAGUAACUUAUACUCCUGUCUAACAAAGAGUAACUAAUGCCUGUACAAUAGUUUCUUCCUGAGCCAAGGCUUGAUUUAAAGAAUGUCCUGAGCUAGGAAAAUGUCUUAAAUUGCUUCUGCUAUUGAUCAGUGAGAAAGCAUGGAAUAAGCAGACAUUUAUGUAUUUUUCAUGGAGAUUUUAUUUUAAUGUAGUUGAUGGAAAAUUAAAUGACAUCAUCUCCUAUAAACCGAAACAAUAACAACAAAAACACACAAGUUCUUGUAAAUGUUUUAACUAAGAAUUUUGUGCUUGUACAGUUUGCUGCAAUUCUAUAUAUAUUUGUAAAUGGAAAGAAACUUUAAAGAUGCUUUUAAUUUAUUUUAUGUCUAUUGCCUUCCUGUACUAGUAAUAAUUUACACUUUUAGAUGUUAAAAUAGAUUGUGUUUCACUGCAGUUACCAAUAAAACGAGAAGGUUCACGUCUUCAGUUAGGUCCAUCUAAAAGACAUACAAAGUGCAGUGAAAAUGGGAAAAACAUUGGGUAUAUCAGCUGUGCAUUAUUUGCAUCAUUUCCCUCUGAUGUUGGAGAACUUUUCACUACAAAUUAUGAAAAUAAUAAAAUGGCUUAAUUGCAA